AUGUCUUCUGCGUAUCCAAGUAAACGUAAGCGUUACGUAGAUUUUGAGAAACCUAUACAUGCACUAGAUUUUGCGCACAUCGAGUGCUAUCCAGCGACAAGUAAACGUCAAAGAAGAAUAUACGCACGAGAAUGGCACGUACAAGACUCUUCGUUUGGAAGAAAUUCUGUGCCGUGGACUCCAUCGCCACUUGGCAUAAUCCCAAUAAUAAUAUCCGAUUUGAAAUCUUCUAAUUCUGGUAACAACACAUCCCCAUCAUCACCCAAAAUGCGGCACAUUCCAAAAUCAGUUCGAGCUAAUUUUGAACUCGUUAAACUGAUGAGAGAUAAAAAUAAUUUUGAACGUGAAAUUGCCACAGCGCGUCGACAUAGAACAAAAGGGAAAGAAUUCCCAGACUUGGAAAUUGUAGCCGCUCAAGGACCACCACAUUAUAAAUCACGCGGCAAGGACAUCAUAGAAAAGAUUAAAGAUAAUGACUACGAUACCCUGUUGCCGGAUAAAGUGUGGAAAAAGUCAUUGAGAUAUAAAAUUGGUGUUAUUACCAGAAAAGUGGUCAAGAAGCGAAUAGAGAAAGCAAAGAAAAUGGAGGAAAAACAUCAUUGUUCUCUUCAUAAUCGACCUCGGAUGAAGGGUCAGCAAAAUGACAUAUUAGGUUCAACAUUACCAUCGUUAGCGUCAUAA